AUGCCUUCUCAACGGCGGACAAGGCUUCUUGCGAUCGCCGUGAUCGCAAUCAUUAUCCUGACGUUCUAUUACUCGGGCGAAAGGAGCAGUAUUCAAAAUCAAAAGUUUUACAAAUCUACGCUUGAGGCGAUGCGCGCGAAAGAGGAUGCGAAACACGAGAAGAUCCAGGAUUCUGUGGCUAAGCCCGUUAUCGAGCCGGCGGGAGGUGCUGCCAGCGCAGAGAAGCCUGCCAUCCCCGUCGCGAAUGUGAAUGGCGAUGUUGAAAUGGAGGAGAUUUCUAUUGCCGGCCGGACAAAGAUGACUGUGCCCAAGAAGGGCCCCCAGGACGCAUUGUUGUCUGAGCAGGGCUCGGGCUCGGGAUCUGCGUCGAACUCUGAAGCCGACACCAAGAAGGCGGACGAAGAAGAGGAAGAACCCAAGUUGGAUGCGAAGACUGAGCUGAAUGCUAUCCUCAAGCGGGCACCUAUAAUCAUUUUCUCAAAAUCCUACUGCCCCUACAGCAUGAAAGCCAAGCACAUCCUAUUGGACGGAUAUACCAUCACGCCGGCGCCGUUUGUCGUGGAGCUCGACCAGCACCCCAUCGGAAAGGAGCUUCAGGCUCUCUUGGCGGAGAGCACAGGCCGUCGCACUGUGCCCAAUAUUCUUGUCAAUGGUAAGAGCAUCGGUGGAGGCGAUGAUAUUGCUGCACUGGACCAGAGCGAUGACCUGGCAACGAAGCUGCGGGAUUAUGGCGGCAAGUGGGUUGCGGAUGUGUCGCGAGGCCCAGCGAAGGAGCAUAUUUGA